UCCAGGAGAGCGCGCCGCAUUCUAUAGGCUCCGUGUCUCGGCUGAACGCUGGUCUGUGUGUGCAGCUGAGUGUGAGACACAUACACACACACACACACACACACACACAGGGGGACAGAUGAGCUGAGCGUGUACCUGCAGGCUGCUCAGAGGCAGAUCCUCUGCAGAACACGCCCUGAUAGAAAAGGUAGACACACACUUACACACACACACACACACACACACACACACACACACACACACACACACACAGUGAGCCUGAUCACUGAGGAGCUCGAGCUGCUUACCUGAAAACAACAGCCCCAAUGCUCCACCACAGGCUCUCACCGCCGGACACCUACCAAAUGAAAUCUGGACGAGUUUUUACCCACAAACUUUGGUUUGUCCCGAGGAGCUUUAUUCACGCGCGCAGCUCGGAUCACCUGGACACCCCGCGCGACUCGGUGGAGAAAUCCUAAAGGCUGGUUGUUGCAACAGCGGAGCAUUGAUCCACCGGCUGGGCUUGGGCACCAUGAAUAGGAAGACACGGCGCUGGAUUUUCCAUUUUUUCCUGUGCCUUGGAGUAUUGUAUCUGAAAAUCGGGGGUCUGUCAUCGGUGGUUGCGCUGGGAGCCAGCAUCAUCUGCAAUAAAAUCCCCGGCUUGGCCCCCCGGCAGAGGACUAUCUGUCAGAGCCGACCCGACGCGAUCAUAGUGAUCGGAGAGGGAGUUCAGAUGGGGAUCAAUGAGUGUCAGUUUCAGUUCAGACAUGGACGCUGGAACUGCUCGGCCCUGGCAGAGAGGACCGUGUUUGGAAAAGAGCUCAAAGUGGGCAGCAAGGAGGCCGCGUUCACCUACGCUAUCAUCGCUGCCGGGGUCGCCCAUGCCGUCACCGCGGCCUGCACCCAGGGGAGCCUGAGCGGAUGCGGCUGUGACAAGGAGAAGCAGGGUUUCUACAACCAGGAGGAGGGCUGGAAGUGGGGCGGCUGCUCUGCAGACAUUCACUACGGCCUGGGGUUCUCCAAGGUGUUUGUGGACGCGCGGGAGAUCAAGCAGAAUGCCAGGACUCUCAUGAAUUUACAUAACAAUGAAGUGGGACGCAAGGCUCUGGAGAAGGGCAUGCGUCUGGAGUGCAAGUGUCACGGCGUGUCCGGAUCCUGCACCACCAAGACAUGCUGGACAACGCUCCCUAAGUUCCGCCAGCUGGGAUACAUCCUCAAGGAAAAGUACAACCAGGCCGUGCACGUGGAGGCGGUACGAGCCAGCCGCAACAAGCGCCCCACCUUCCUAAAGAUCAAGAAGCCCCACUCUUACCGCAAGCCCAUGGAUACAGAGCUAGUCUACAUCGAGAGGUCGCCCAACUACUGCGAGGCCGACCCUCUGACGGGCAGCAUGGGGACACAGGGUCGCCUGUGCAACAAAACGGCUCAGCAGCCCAACAGCUGCGACCUGAUGUGCUGCGGUCGAGGAUAUAACACACACCAGUACUCGCGUGUUUGGCAGUGCAACUGCAAGUUUCUGUGGUGCUGCUAUGUGAAAUGCAACACCUGCAGUGAGAGGACAGAGGUGUAUACCUGUAAAUAGAAAUAUUUAUUGGACGUGUGCUCAGACGCACAGCUAGACUGGACUAUUUCAGAAUAAGGAUUUUCUGUGGCUGAUAGACGUGGCGACUGCCACGUAGUGACUGCCUUACUGUCUUGGCAUUUCAACAAUCACGACAACCAGUUCCUCCAAUGUGUGGUGAUUAUACUGAUGCCAAUGGACAUCUGCCAUGACACUGGACUCAACUUUGGGCUCAUAAAUACCUAUUUUAUAUAUUUUUCGAAUGCCACUUCCUGCCCCAGGCUUGACUUCUCUCAGGCUAUACUGGCCCAUUGGCGUAACACACCUCAAACAGUGAUAGUUUUAUAGACUAAUAACUUAUUAAAUGAGAAAACUACUGAUGAUUUUGAAAAUUCACUGUUGACUAAAUCUGGUAAGGUUUUAAGUCGAUGUUGAUGCCUUCAAGUGCACUUAAAAAGUUUAUUUUAACAUAAAACAACUUACACACUGGAGCUGAAAACUGACAUGUCAGAACUGAACUCAACUGAAAGACAUAUUUGGGUGCAUGGAGCUUAUGUGCAUUAAGCCUAGCAGAAGAACAUUAAACUACUGAUCCUGGGCCUGGUAUGAUAGUAUUGUUUUCUACUUGUUUCUGUCCUCCCUCCCCCUCAAAGUUUGCUGCUAGUUGUCUGGAAAGUUCUGGAGUUUGUGAUUGAGCAGCCAUAUUGACUCUUCAAGCUAUACGUUGACCACACCAGGAGCAAACGCAAGCUUCCAGACAUAAAUUUCCCUUAAUGUUGGUUGAUAGAAUAUAUUUUGUAAGAGAUUAUUUUUAUAUAAUAUUUUUUUUUAAUUUAUUUUCUAUCUCUAUGUAAGUAUUUCCCCUUAGCAUUUCUAACUGUUCAGUUACUGAGUUUACCACUGAAACACUGUUUUUAAAAUGUGCCUUUUGUUCCUCCUCAGCAGCAGAAUAUUAUAUUAUGAUAAAAUGUGCCACAUUGGGAUUUGUGACCAUUUUAAGGAAAAUUUACUCACCUCGCUUUGUUACCUAUAGAGAGCCAAAGUGCUGACAUCACCUCCAAGACAGCUGCAGUCCAUUGGCUUAAAUGACACAGCUCUCGUUCCUUUUAUCUGUCUUUCUAAAAAAAAGUCAAGUGUUUUUAUGGCUAGUAUCUAAUACAUCAUUUACCGUUAAAAAUUUCUUUUAUUUUAACAAAGUUAAACAAAUGUAUUUGUCAGCAUAUAAAAACUACAGCUAAUCUACUCUGAGGUUUAACAGGGCGGUACGUCUGUGGUACGUCUUACUAGUAAUAUUGUUAGUUUCUCCCUCAUCUAUCAUAUCUACCACAUUCUUCUUCUCUUCUUUUUUUUAGCUGCAAUCUCUGUGGUCUAAAAAAUCACCUGUGUCAUUCUGCCAUGGCUACUUGAUAACAUGUAACCGCAGUGGUCUUCAGCAUUAACUUUGCUAAAACCAGAAUUAGAUAACCAUAAACUUCAUCCAUCUAGACAUAUGGAUUGUACCACAUUACUUAGACCACUGUUGCAGUCUUAUGAUACAGGCUUACCAUUUCACUUUGGCUCUCUGUAAGGUUAACCAGUACUCUUUAUCAAGUCUCUUCCCAAAAGCAAAUAGGGCUGGGUAUCAUUUCAUAUGAACUUUUUUUUUUUUUGCCUUUAUUAGACAUUCAAAAGUAGAGAUUGGGGAGAGAUAAAUAGGAAGUGAUAUGCAACAAAUGUGUCUGAGUGGACAUGAAGGUGGUGUUUAUGGUCAGCGCCUUCAUCCCUAUGCCACCAGGAUAUCCAAACUGUGUGUCACUGGCCAUUUUUGGUUUAAUAUAUUUGAUAUAUCAUAGACAACCAUUCUGAUGAUAUCUUAUGUAAAGUUUUGCACGCAGUUCGUAUGACAGCUUACAAAUAGCCUAUGCACCGCAUCUUACAAACUAGCACCCAUAUUGCUUCUGUUUGGUUUAGGAAAAGAGUCAUGGGAGUCAUAACGUAACAACGUGACAUGACAACAUAAUGUUGUGUAUGCAUCACUUAAAAAACUCAACAUUGACUUUUUUUUGCACAGUUUUUACACAGGACACAAACCCCCAGGCUCCUGGGUGAAAGUUCUGUGUUUAUUUGUUGUUUUUUAUACUACAUAACCUAAUUUCCUGUGCUAUCCUGGCGCUUUAUACGUUUUAUACAAAUUACUGUAUAGUGCAUUAUUUUUUCCAAGUACGAACAGUGACAGUGCGUUAAAAUAGUAAACAAUGAAUAAAACCAAGACCAGACCAAGAAUUCAAUCCCCACUUUUGAUAGUUACGUCUCAGUCUGAACUUAAUAAGUAUGGAGGUGUGAUACCCAGCCCUAAAACAUAACAGGGAUACCAGUGAGCAGUCGUGACUGUACGGUAUUAUGACAGGUUGAUCAUUUAGAUAACUACCUUCAGGGUAGUUAUGGGUUUUGCUUGGUUAUUAAAAAGAGUUUCUCAUGUCAGUCAAUACUGACUCAGUCCUCAUUAAAGCUUGUUCGUGUAUGAUUGAACUGAUAAAACUAUAACACUCAACUGCUGUAGUGCUCUUAAAUCUGAGGUCAUUGUUAAGAUAUUUCAUGUAAAACCACAUUGUCUUUUCAUUCAUCUUUGGUUAAUAAAUGUUGUC